CGAGAAUUGUUUGUCAUGUCUCGCAACUAUUUUUCAUUAACAAUCGUCGCGUUAAUAUCGACGACAACGAUCGACGUAACAUCAACAGAAAGAUCGUCGGUGAAUUCUUCGUCCUACGUUAAAUUUAUCGAAGAUCGAUCAAGGAUCGUCGGAUUGAUAGUACCUUCCUUCUUUCAUCUUCACAAAUUCAAAUUGGAAAAGUUAGAAAAAAUCACUAGUACUCCACCGACUACGGAUUGCAUUUGUGUACCGUAUUAUCUUUGCGACCCUAAUACUACAGUGAUCAUCGAUGGAACAGGAAACAUAGACAUAAGGUAUCGAAGAUGUACAGGAGAUCUCGAAGUUUGUUGCAAAUUACCUAACGUUACUGCAGCUCCUAUUGUCACUCCAACUACUAUGACUACUAAACCACCAUCAACGGCUCCUCCUACGACUCCUACAACAUUACCUCCUACAACACUACCUCCUACAACACCAUCUCCUACAACACCAUCUCCUACAACACCACCUACCACCGUAACAACUAUGCAACCUACGGCUCCAAUAAUCUUUCCAACAGGUUACCCUAUCCUACCUACUGGAAUACCUGGUAUUAAUUGUAUAUGCGUAUGGAGUUGGCAAUGCAAUCCUCAAGAUGUUGUAAUAAUUGGUACAUCCGGAGAAGGUAUUAUUAUUCCGCGUCAACAGACAUCUCUCUGUCCAGGUGUUGGACAGGUUUGUUGCAGAUUAACGUCUAACGUAAUACCAACUAUCAUCACACCUACUGUACAACCUCAGACAGCACAGAUUUGCGUUAUUUGCGGGAACACAUUGCAAUGUACUAACGGUGCUAAUAUCGUUAUACCAUCCGGGAGUGGACCUAUCACCAACGUUGAUACAACUGUUAUUAUUAAUGGUCUUGGACAAAUGAAAUUCCCAGGUACAUCAAAUGCCUGUUACUGUGUCAAAAGUUGGCUCUGUACUCAAGGAAAUGUCGUUAAUCUCGAUGGAGCUGGUAUUAUCGAUCCAAGAUUUACUAUUUGUACAUCGGCCGAUGAAGUUUGUUGUAGACCAGCUGGUAUCAUUGCAUCUAAUCAAGUCUAUUCUGAUUUUUCUGCUGGUCCACGUGAUCUUGUUAUUAAUAAUCCAAUAGAUCCUCUUGAUAUUCAAGUCGUAUGCGGUAUUCGUGGUACAGCUAAUGCACCUGCAACACCUUAUCCAACAUCAUCAGGUAAGACCUAUUUCGCUGAAUUUCCAUGGAUGGUAUCUCUUUUCGCGAAACAACCAGAUGGUAAAUAUCUGUAUCGAUGUGGCGCAUCUAUGAUCAAUAAUGGAGCUGUCUUAACUGCUGCACAUUGCGUUACAAAUCAAGAAAAUGGUGCAUUGGUCGCUCGAUUUGGACAAUGGAAUGUGAAAAAUAAUAGCGAACCGAUUCAAGAAGCAGGAAUAAAAGCAAUCAUUCCUCAUCCACUUUAUUAUAAUGCCGGUUUGUUUCAUGACAUAGCAAUUCUGAUUUUAAAUUCAACAGUUAACUAUGCAACAAAUAUUAUUCCCAUUUGUCUUCCACAACAAGGAAUGAUUUUUUCAUCUGGUACUAGAUGUUUUGGAACUGGAUGGGGCAGUAGUGCCUUUGGCUCAUCCGGUGAAUAUCAAGCAGAGCUAAGAAAAGUUGAUCUACCAAUCGUAGAACGAUCAGAUUGUCAAAAUCGUUUAAGGACAACGAAUUUAGGACAAUCCUUCUUAUUACAUGGUUCGUUCAUUUGUGCUGGUGGUGAACUUAACAAGGACACUUGCCGUGGCGACGGUGGUGGGCCUUUGGUUUGUCCAACUGCCACUGGACAAUUUAUUCAGGCUGGUAUAGUGUCCUGGGGUAUUGGUUGUGGCGAAUCUAAUAUACCUGCUGUUUAUACUAGCGUUUCUCAACACAAACAAUGGAUCGAUCAACAACUCGCAAAUUAUGGUGUACAAUAUAUGAAGACAUUGGUGUCACUUUUGGGUUGUAUCGCUCUAUGUUUAGCCGUACCAUUACCACAAGAAGAUAAAAAUUUAGAUAAUUUGAUCAGCAGCGUCUUCGGUAGACCACCUUCAUCAACAACUCAAUCAUCCAAUAAUGGCGACUUAAAUUCUCUCAUUGAGAAUGCUUUAAAGAACAGAGACGUUACCACUCAAAGAACGAUUCUUGGUACACAAAAUAAUCCAACUAAUAAACCAGACGAUUGCGAAUGCGUACCUUAUUAUCAAUGUAGAAACGGUACUAUCUUAAACGAUGGAGUUGGCAUCAUCGAUAUCAGGUCCGCUUUUGAUGAUAAAGAUAUUAAUGUUGCGGGAGUCUCUGGAUCGUGUGAUAAUUAUUUGGACGUUUGUUGUAAGCCACCGGAUCUUGUAAGGAAUAACGAGGAUCCAGUUACACCACCACCGGUAGUAAGAAAGGGUUGUGGUCAGAGACAUCCCAAUGGUGUUGGUUUCAGAAUUACUGGAGCAAUGGAUAACGAAGCUCAAUUUGGUGAAUUCCCAUGGAUGGUAGCCAUAAUUAAAGAAGAAGGUAUUGGCAAUGAAGGACAAAAAUUGAACAUUUAUCAAUGCGGUGGUGCACUUAUUCAUACUAGAGCUGUCUUAACAGCUGCACAUUGUGUCAAUGGAAAGAAACCUUCGGAGCUUAGAGUACGUGCAGGCGAAUGGGAUACACAAACGAAAAAUGAAAUUUAUGCUCAUCAAGAUCGUAAUGUAGAAGCUAUAGUAGUACACGAGAAAUUCCAUUCGGGUGCUCUUUACAAUGACACUGCCAUAUUGAUCCUUUCUGAACCAGUCGAAUUAGCUGAGAACGUUGACGUCGUUUGUCUUCCCGAUCAAGGUUCUGUGUUCGAUGGAAGCAGAUGUUUUGCCAGUGGUUGGGGCAAAGAUGUCUUCGGCAAGGAAGGUCAUUAUCAAGUAAUUCUGAAAAAGAUAGAUCUACCGAUCGUUCCUCAUGAUACUUGUCAAAAUACUUUACGUCAGACCAGAUUAGGAAAAUAUUUCGUUUUGGAUCGUACUUUCAUUUGUGCUGGUGGUGAAAGAGGAAAAGACACGUGCAAAGGUGAUGGUGGAAGUCCUUUGGUUUGUCCAUUAAAGAACGAUCCUAAUCGAUAUGUUCAAGCUGGAAUCGUUGCAUGGGGUAUUGGUUGUGGCGAAGAUGGAACUCCAGGUGUUUAUGCUAAUGUCGCUGAACUUCGACAUUGGAUCGACGAACAAAUAGUUUAUUAUAAUUUGGAUAAUACCAUUUAUCAAUACAAACCUUAAGAGAGA